CCAGCGAACUUUGAAGAAGCACUUGUCUUGUCGAUGACCGCAUAUAUUGCCAGUCCACUGGUCCUCCAAAAACUUUCGCGGAGACGGUGGCGCAAACAGCGACUGGCCAAAAUGAUUGUAUAGAUGAUCUGACGACCGAGACCCAGGAUAGCGUGACGAGAGCGCAGAGCAUCUCGAGCUCUGGUCCAGAGUCGAGACUGUUGACGCCCAUCUACUGUUCGACCAGCUGAGCAGGUCAAGGUCAGUCUGUCAUCAUGAGCAUAUAGAAGCGAUCAAUCUUGCUGACCGUCGCAUAUGCACAUGGCGACAGUCAGCCCAAACGCAAGGCAAGAGUCGCCCGUCAUCAGACGAGGCUGGAUCUCCAUCCUCCUGCCGGCACCGACCUCACUCUUCGGUCUUGCCGCUUGCCGACAGAGCUUGAACGCCAAGCGACGCCUCGUCACUCGACCGGCACCUCCCCCGCCUGUGGCCAGCAGCACGCCUGAACAGACGAUCAGCGAGCAGCGAGCGAUCCGCAAGAGAAUCGCGCUCGCCAACAGAGCCGUGCCUGCCAACUUUAUCGAGUUGUAUCAGCGUCAACUCAAACGCGCUCAAGCUAGACUGCUGCUGCAAGAGGGCAACGCCGUCAUGGGACUGCAACCGAAUGCGAGAUCCGCUCACCUUGCGCAGCAACGCGCACGCGACAUUGCCAAAUUUGGUGACAGCAUCUUCUAUUCUGCUCGCUACUCGGAUGAUGAGUACGAGUAUCGCCACGUCAUACUGCCCAAAGAGCUGGCAAAGUAUCUGCCACUCGACAGGUUAGCAGAAGAGAACGAAUGGCGCGGAUUGGGCAUAAGACAGAGUCCGGGAUGGUUCCACUACCUACGACACGCACCCGAGCCUCACAUCAUGCUUUUCAAAAGGCAGCUCGACUGAUUUCCCUCACGCUUCACGCAUCACGACGCUAUGCAUUGUAGAUCACUGCCCAUCCGUGCUGUUGUACGGCCUGCUUGCAGAUGUUACGCGUAUAC